AUGGAAAGACAGAGAGAGGAUCACCACCACCACCCCCCUCCGCCUCCGCCUCCCCCUCCCCCUCCCCCUCCCCCUCCCCCUCAUCCUCAUCCUCAUCCUCAUCCUCACCCUCACCCUCACCUUCACCCUCACCCUCACCCUCACCCUCACCCUCACCCUCACCCUUACCAUCACCCUCACCCUCACCCUCACCCUCAUCCGCCUCCCCACCCUCACCCUCACCCUCACCCUCUCCCUCACCGCCACCACCGCAAUAACCAGCCGGACCACCCCGAGCAUUUUCCGCAGUAUUACCAACAGGAGCACCAGCAUCACCACUUUAACGGCCACGAAUCUCUUGCCGAGCAGAAUCAGGACCUCCAAUUUAACAACCACGACAAGCAUUAUAAUUACGACACUAACUACCAAAUGAGCUUCGAACCAAAUGAAUCAUAUGGUGGAGGAGGUGGCGGAGGAUUCUGUUCCAAUGCCCGCAAAAGAGGCCGAUACCAUUCUGGCCGAGCAGGUUCGCCAGAUCAUAACGAUGAAGCUGUUAAUGCAAAACUUUAUGUUGCACCGGUUCCAAGAACUACAACGGAAGAAUAUAUCCGCCCCUUGUUUGAAGGACAUGGAAAUGUUGUUGAGGUGAUUUUCCCCAAGGAUAAGCGGACUGGCCAACAACAAGGGUAUUGCUUCGUGAAAUAUGCAACAAUAGAGGAAGCUGACAGGGCUAUUAGAGCUUUAAAUGACCAACAUACUGUUCCUGGGGAGGCAGCUCCCAUUAAGGUCAGAUAUGCUGAUGGGGAACGGGAACGUCUUGGUAAGGUUGAAAGAGGACGUCUUGUUAAGGGGGAAAGGGAACACCCAGGGGGAGGGGAAUUUGUGGACAAACUCUAUGUUGGUUCCAUUAACAAGCAAGCUUCAAAACAGGAAAUUGAAGAGAUAUUUUCUCCAUAUGGUCAUGUGGAAGAUGUCUACAUUGCUCGUGACGUGUUGAAGCAAAGUCGUGGAUGUGCAUUUAUUAAAUUUUCUCACCGAGAUAUGGCAGUGGCAGCAAUCAAAGCUUUAAAUGGAACUUUCACAAUGCGAGGUUGUGACCUGCCGUUGGUUGUUCGCUUUGCGGAUCCCAAAAAGCGUAAAACUGGAGAGCUAAGGGGAAAUUAUGCAUCUGGUGGACAAAACUUCUGUCCAGGUUAUCAUGAACCAAUGAUUAGGCCAGCCCCUAAUUUUGGUGAUUCCAUGGGAGGUUGUGUUUUGCCUAAUGCUUCAUACUGUGUGCAAGAAAUUUCCUCAAAUUCACAGCCACAAACUGUUUCCCAUGCUGUAGAACUCACUCAUGGAGCUCCUCAUAUCACAGAACCAUCUCUUCCUGCAGUAAAGCAGCCGCCCACACAGUUGUGCCAGAUGCCAUUACAACAAACACAAGUUCCACAGCAAUGUUUGCAAUCAUCUCAACAAGCCGUCUCUGAGAUGAUGAAACAGUCUCCAAAUUUAGAGCAGCAUCAAGGUGUGCAAAUUAACCCUGAGUCUGCUGGGAAUGAAAACAACCCUCCUGCAGUGAAUGUUACUUCUGCUGCUCUUGCAGUACCUCCAAGUACCCUGACAGUGGAUCCACUAGAGUGUGAUUGGAGUGAGCAUUCCUGCCCUGAUGGGUACAAGUACUAUUAUAAUUGCACAACCUGUGAAAGUAGAUGGGAGAAACCUGAUGAGUUCAUCUCAUACCAGCUACAAUUGCAAAAGAGGCAAAAACCAAACAAUUCUAGCCAGCAACUUCAUUCCUUAUCAACAAGUCUUUGUGGUGAAGAAGUGGGUAAAAUGCAAAAGGACCUGGGUCAUGUGCAAAUAAAGUCAGACACUAGUCCAGUUGUUGAUCCUACCUGUGUCUAGCAGGCGCCUAAAUUAGAAGAGCCCUGGAGGGUUGAAUUUAGCAGCACAAUCAGUAGUAAUUUGCUUUAUUUUAUGGGAUAACAUAAAUUGAUGUUUAGUGCUUGUAAAAUAGGUAGUGGUUAGCUGUCGAUUGUGCUUCGGAGGAUGCAUGAUGAUGAAAUGACUUGAUGAUGCAGGUCUUCUUGUAUUUGUUAUAAAAAGGGCUGAUCGCUUUCAAGUUA